AUGGACGGAGCAGUGGCUUGGAUUCUGAUGGUAUCAGCAAUAAUAGUGUUUGUGGUCGGUGUGGAGACCAAGGCGAGGGUUUGUUACUUCGGUCCCCCACCGGAAGCUGAUCCUGAUAAUCCGGAUGACUGGAUGGAGCAAGUCAUGCGAGAGAUACGGGAACGUUGCCCGGGAACAAAGAAACACACUUCAGUUUACGAGUGCUCGAGCCCAGAGCCCCUCGGUCUUGAAAACGGUACCGUCACUGAUGACCACAUCACAUCGUCAAGCCAUCAAGGCAAUUUUCCAGCCAGGGAUGGACGGCUGAACAAUAACGUUGCAUGGGUGGCCCAAUGGGGCGAUACAAAUCCUUGGAUCGAGGUUGACCUCAUUGACAGCACAGUGGUGUGUGGUGUCAUCACGCAAGGCUACUACAUGUACACUCACUAUGUGACGCAGUACCAGGUUGCGUAUCAGAAGCAGCCUUCAUCUGUCCCUGAACACGUGACAGAUGGAAACGGAGACAUCAAGGUAUUCAUUGGUAACACUAACGCUAAUGGCAACACCCCAGUAACUAACCGGUUUGAUGAGAGUAUGGUGGCGACGGUAGUGCGCAUCGAGCCUACUGACUGGGAGACUGUUGCUGCUUUGCGUUUGGAGUUGCUUGGUUGUCGUCUUAAUUAA